CAUCUUCCAUUCUCCGCUUACAUGGAUAUUCAACGCUUUCACACACUUCUCCGCAGCCAUCAUGAAAGAGGAUCGCCUCGUACCCUCCUUUGCUUGCUUUUAUCUAAAUCAUCUACUUGUGUCAAUUCUUCUAGGGACGGUCUGCCUCCUGAACGCACGUUUUGUCCUUUAUCUUUGCUAGCCGAAUUAAAUAUGCCUCGAGUUGAAUUAAACCCAGUUGCUCCCCGUAUUCUGUUUCGUGCUAUCUCUCGCGUUGCUGGCCUUGCAUCCAGACAGGUUUGA